UCAGAUUAUGUAAUUCCUUAUUGCAUUCCCAAUGACACCAAUUUCAAAAAAGGUGUCAACUGCAUUUUUGAAAGUGACGUCACCACAGCUCUUGAAUUGUUGAUGGCAUUGAAACCAGAAUUACAGAAGAGAGCGAUUGCUAAUAAAUGUUUUGACAAAACUCUGAAACCACAUAUGACUUCUUCUGAAAUAGUGAAUUUUUGUGUAUCAAAUUAUGCUAUACAGGAUCCUAUGCAAAUCAGGUCUGAUCUGCAUAAUUUGGAGAUUUUGAUAUUUAACAAUCCUGAUUGGGGCAUAAGAGUUGCACAGACUGAAAAUAACAAUGGUUUGAUUAGUGAAGCUGACAUAGCUAAAGAUAUGGAACAGGUGAUAUUUCAUGAAAAUGAUAAAAUCACAAGUCUGGUAAUUCCUUAUCCCGAUUUACCAUGGAAAUGUACUUUCUACAAAACUUUCCAUCUGGCGCUUAACAGUGUCCUACUUGUUUCAUUGAUUUUUGCUGCUUUGUACUUGCUCAAUUAUGUAUAUAAAUAUUAUAAGCACUACCAACAGAAACAAAAAGAUGAAAUUGGUUUCAUGGUGGAGAAAAUAAUCGAUAUAUUACAAUCGAGUUGUGGUGAAGAAGGAGGCGAUCCAUUCCUUGUUAUCAACCAUGUUAGAGAUAUGAUAUUGCCCAUAGUUGACAGACAAAAAAAAGAAAAAACUUGGGCGAAAGCAGUUCAGUUUAUAAAUGAAAAUGAAUCGAGAGUGAGAACUGAAGUCCAAGAAGUGAAAGGAGAGCCAUUUGAAGUUUGGAGAUGGAUAGGAAGUGCAAAUAUAAGUAUGGGAGGGUCUCCAAGAAACAAGAGCUGGCAAGGUCAAGCAUUUGAAACCCAAGUUGGAUCUGUUAAUAGCUUGCCUUGUUCACCCACGCCGUGUCUCAAAAUACGCGGAAUGGUAGAAGAUGGCGAUAGAAACAUGCACAUAAUUCGGGAAGCAGUUCUUAGUAAAUGUGCUCACCAGUGUCGAAUCCUACAUUGCGCAGUUGAUACAAGUUCAAACUGUGUUUAUUUGAAAUGUGCUGAUCCCAACGAUGCUGCCAUUGCUUAUAGAAAUCUCCAUGGUUGGUGGUAUGCUGGCCAUCUGGUAACUGUCAAGUAUUUACGCCUGGAACGUUAUAUGCAAAGAUUUGCUGAUUCACCAGUAUCUGGUCCACCAUUUUUAAAAGCUAUAACGCCUGCCACAGAUUGGUCUAGUUAAAUUAUUGAAUCUUUAUUUUUCAUUAUUUAAAUUUUGUCUCACGUUCGUGAAAGUUUGACUUGAGUAAUUGGGUUUAAAGGCAAUUAAUGUUUCUAUUGAUCUAGAUAUAUUUGUUUGAAUUGUUACACCUGAGAACUUUCUUGGAGUCGAUCUCCAGUAAGUAAAACUUGCCUUCUGAAAUAAAGACGGAAAUCUUCGAUAUUAGACUAUUGCAUAAGGCUGACUGAGGUUUUUAUAUGAAACAAGAAACUGUAUUAUAUUUUUUUGAUAAGUUUUUAUUUAACACAUAUUUAGUAGAAUUCAAAUGUUAACUUUGUUCUGUUCUGUAAGAAUGUUAAUUGAGUUUUAUUAUAACAGUUUUUUGUAAUAUAGGAAAUUUUUAAUAACUUGUAAGUUUAAGACAUUGAUUUGUAUUAAAACACAUUCAUGAAUUAAAAAAUGCUCAUUUA